AUGAGGACUGAUUAUGAAGGAUAUGGUAAGGAACUAACAAGCAGUGCUGGCGAGACCAGUGAACGAAGCCCGGUUGUUGCGAAUGAGCAAAGUGGCGAAGCAUUUGCACUGGAAAACAUCAAUCUUAUCGUACAAAAGCUGGCUUUGAGAGAUGGAUCGUUGAGCGUUUCGGGACCGGUGGCUUAUGUCACACAAACACCAUGGAUUCUAAAUCGAACUGUUCAAAGCAACAUACUGUUUGGUAUGCCAAUGAACACAAGCCGAUAUUUCAAAAUCGGAGAACGUGGAGUAACCAUUUCUGGAGGGCAGAAAGCGCGAAUUUCUCUAGCCCGGGCACUUUUUUCAAAUUCUCGCAUCUAUGUUCUGGAUGAUAUAUUUGCUUCCCUGGAUCAACAAGUAGCCGAUCGUAUCUUUAAACGUGCCGUCAAAGAAAUGCUUGCAAACAAAACUCGGCUUGCUAAAUGCGAUCGAAUCUGCUACAUGGAAGGCGGAAAAAUAAAGGGAGAAGGCCCGCACGAAGAGUUACUCGAAAAAUGUGAAGCAUAUGCACUUUUCUGUGAACAUGCUACUUACCCAAGAUCGACGCCAAAAACGCUGGAAGAUCGCCGUGGCUCGGAUGAUGAUUUCGUGAAAGUUGAUGCACCGGAAGCGCCAAAAACUAGCAAAAGCUCUACAUUGGAGGAUAUUGAAGCGUCCACUUCUAUACCAGAUUUUAUAAAUGAGAGUGGCGAAGAGUACAUUGUAUCGACCAGUCUGGCGGGGAGCGAAUCCACUGGUUUUUAUGCGACAAUUUAUGGCUUCUCAGUGCUUUUCCUGUUUGCAUCAGGCUUCCUCAAAGCCCUUAUUUUUGUUCACGUCUCACUGAAUGCCGCUUCACGACUACACAAUCGAAUGUUCAAUAGCGUGAUACGUGGAGCGGUGCAAUUCUUUGACACCACCCCAACUGGACGAAUUUUAAAUCGUUUCUCGAAAGACAUGGAUGAAAAAGACAGUUAA